AUGAGCACACUGCUUCGUCGCCAUUUGACCAGUGCCACAUACGUUAGGGAUGGUCUUCUUUUAUCGACGGUUGAAUUAUAUGUGAAGCUGUUAGCGGAGUGCUGGGGUGAAUCGUUGCUGUCAUACUUUGAACUACUACCCGCUCUGCAGCUGGCACACCUUGGAUUGCCCGUGUACCGGGUGGCGCUGCUGCACUUUUUGUGCGUUGAACACCAGGACGCCGUGACCACCGUACUGCAACACAUCGUUCCAAGUUUCAGGGAUGUCACCGUCUGUUUGACGCCACUGCAGGAAUUGCCGCUUGCUGCACUGGAAGCCCUUGCGCGAUACGUGGCGCAGGCAGGGUGCGAGGAGAAGCGCGUGGUCACGGCAGUGGAGACUGCAUUGGAGUAA